AUGACAACCAAAUCCUCCAACAACGCUGGCACCAAGAGGCACCAAGACCACGACCGCGACAGGUCCCCUCGCCGGCAUAGCUCCGGGGGCGGCGGAGAGCAGGAGGCGGCGCCUACCAACGGGUCUUCUCGCAACAUGCGCCACCAGCGAGAGUCUCCCCUCCGCGCCGCCGCCGUCGCGGCCGCGGCCGCCAGGCGCUCCAGGCACGGUAAGACCACGGGCAGCCGUAGCCGGUCACCCGUUGCGAGAAACCGCAGCAGCGGGGGCGGCGGCGGUGGCAGGGAUGGCGACGGCGGCUGCGGCAGGGAAGGCAGACAGGAGAGUCGGCGCUCUCGGGGCAUGGAAAGAGACAGUGUCAGCCCCGGUGGCCGAAGGGACAGGGGGGGUGGUGGUCGUCUCGGUCCUGUUGCAAGCCCCCCACGUCGCCGCCGGCGUGACAGCGACGAGGAGGACGAAGGCGGCCGCCGCGGGGGUGGUGGCGACGGCGGUGGCCGGAAGAGCAAAAGCAGCCGGCGGGAGACGACGUCCUACGACCGCGCCCGCCGGAGCCGGAGCCGCAGCCGCAGUGCCAGCGCCGGACACAGGUCCGUGAGGUCCGUCCGCGUGGAGAUCUCGCCCCCGCCGGCGCCGCCGCCGACGCAGAGCAUCAGCCCAAGCCCACGACGCAACGGCAACGGCAACGGCAACAGGAGGAGGACGAGGAGCCGGUCGCGGUCUUCACCGCAACGUCAGAGGGACGGCGGCCGGCAGCGAGGGCGGGGUGGUAGCAACAGCCCAAGCCCGCAGCGUCGGAGGAGGAGCAGAAGAAGCCGGUCGCCGUCGGCACCGCCGCCGCGGCCUCACCGAAGCGGGGAGCGUGGCAGGGACAGCGGCAGCGGCCGCGGUGGCGAUCGCCGGCGGGGGGAGAGCGGGAGCCCCGCCGGGGGCGGCAGUCGCUCGGGACGGGGGCGGGGACGCCACGACCGUCAAGAAAGCAAUGGGGGCGGCGGCGGCGGCGGCGACAGUAGGUCUCCGCCCAGGAAACGACGGCAUCACUCCCGUGGCCGUGGAGAUGACAGUCGUGGACGCCAUGACGCCGAGAGCCCGUACCCGGAGCAGAGGAGGGCUUCGCCGUCUCCCCCUCCCCCGGCAAACAGGAACGGAGCUCCGUCCUCCCGGAAGGGACGCAUCAGCAGCAGGUUCGACAACGGCCCCCCCCCGCCGCCGCCGCCGCCGCCGCCUCCGCCACCGCACGCCGCGGCGGUAACCGAGACGGCCGGGAGUAGCGUUGGGGCGUUGCUGAAGAAGGGGAACGGACGAGGGAAGGACGACGGGGGGCAGAAGUACGGGUGGGGUGGAGCGGACGCGCGACAAGAGGAGGAGCCAGGAGACGCGCAGCCAGCCGCCCCGCAGGAGCUAGCGAACUUCGGGCUGUCGGGUAAGCUGGCCAAGGACCAGGCCACCGGCAACGUCUACAAGGGUGUCGUCCUCAAGUGGCAAGAGCCGGAGGAGGCGUCAAAACCGACCAAGAAGUGGAGGCUGUACGUCUUCAAGGGAGAUGCUGCCAUAGCAACCCUGCACAUCCACCGGCAGAGCGCGUACCUCGUCGGCAGGGAGAAGCGCGUGGCCGACAUCGUGGUAGACCACCCCAGCUGCUCCAAGCAGCACGCCGUCGUGCAGUUCCGGAUGUUCGAGAGGGUCGACGAGAAGGAGGGAACCACGCGCCGAAGCGUCAGACCGUACAUCAUGGACCUGGACAGCACGAACGGGACCCUGCUGAACGGGGAGCAGAUCGAGUCGGCGAGGUACAUCGAGAUGAAGGAGAAGGACGUGGUGAAGUUCGGCACCAGCACUCGGGAGUACGUCCUCCUCCACGACAAGUCCAACGGAUAG